AUGUCUCUCCUUCAACUCCCUAACGAGCUGCUCAUCCACAUCGGCGAACAACUGAGCCUUCUACCCGAAUGCUCUCACCUUAACGCGUUACUGCGGACAAACCGACGGCUCGCCGAGCUGGUCCAACCGCUCCUCGACAAGAAGGCUGUCCCCGUGGACCUCGGCCGGCGGAAAAGGGUGCUCCACUUGGCGGCGGAGAAGGGUUAUGAGCGGCUUGCCGGGGCGUUGCUGGAGAAUGGAAGUUAUGUUGGAGCUCUCGACUGCAACGGGUGGACGCCGCUGCUGCACGCUGCGGCAAAUGGGCAUGAUGGAAUAAUACGCAAGCUACUGGCGAAGGGGGCUAAUAUUGAGGCGAAGAGCUACUGGGGAGAUCGAGAGACCGCACUUCAUUGUGCGGCACUGGAGGGGCAGGAGGCGGCGGUGAGGGUGUUGCUGGAAAAAGGGGCGAAGCUGGAUACGAAGGCUCAGUCGAGGUCGACGGCACUACAUUUUGCGGUGGAGGGUGAGAAGGAAAUGAUCGUGAAGCUCCUUAUCGACAAAGGGGCUAACGUCAACAUACAGAGAGACAACGAAACGGGCAACUACGCAGUACACCUGGCUAUCCAGAACGAAGACGAGUCUAUACUGGUGCUCCUGCUUGACCACGGAGCGAACCACAAGAUGCAGAAUAGAGCCGGAGAUACAGCUCUCCACCUCGCCAGCUCGGACAAAUGUCCCCCCGAGAUGAUGAAGUAUCUGCUGGAGAAGGGUGCGGACUUCACAAUACCAAACCAGCGGGGAGAGACACCACUACACAUUGCGGCAAAGAGUAAUAACACAGAAGCGGUCUUUAGAAUGCUCCGGCUGGGCGCCGCAACAGUCAUUAAUUUCCGGGAUGCAGAUAACAACACUCCGCUCCUCUGCGUGGCAGCCGGCUCAGACCCAGUCGAGGUCAAGAGAGCCAACUCCAGCAGGUUAUCACGCCACCGGUCCUUCGAGCGUCUCCCGCCCCGUCGAAGCAACACGGAACCGGUCCAAGACAUCCGGGCAGCGUCACUCGCGAUGGAGGGCAUCAAAAACGACAUCCUCAAGAUGCUCCUCGAAAACGGCGCAAACGUCAACCACCAAGGAAAACGGAAACAAACAGCCCUCCACCUCGCAGCCGUAAAUGGUUACGAGGACAUGGCCCGGAUACUGAUCGAGAAUGGGGCCGACACAACACUCAGGGAUGAGAACGGUUCCACAGCGCUCGACCUGGUGGAGGAGUAUGUGCAGAAGUACCGCGAGGGCGGCGCAGCGGGGCGUGGCACGGUGCUGGGUUUGAAACAGCUGCUAAGGAGUGACUCGACCCUAAGUCGGCGGGAGAGCGUCCAGGGCUCUCCUGGCCUCCGGGAUCUGAAGACGGGGUUAAGUAGGAGGGAUAGUGCGCAAGGGUCGCCGGGGCUGCGGGACUUUAGGAGCGCGAGUAGGAGGGACAGCAUUCAGGGAUCUCCGAGUGGUCUACGGGAAUUGAGGAGUCCGCCGCCGAUCAGGCCGAUCAGUGUUAAUGAGAUGGGCAUGCAGAGGAAGGUAUCGAAGCGCUCAGGGCCAGGCAUUAGGUUCCCAAUUCGGGUGGUGCAGAGGGUUGAUAGUUUGGGGCAUGUCUCGGAGACAUAA